AAAUAAGGCUGUUGUAAACAACCAUGCAAUGUAAGGUAACUCCUAAAUACGAGCACCGUUCACUCCAUGGAAACAGGGCAUCACCUACCAAAUACGUAUCUGCUCAAAAUACGUCACGUGAUUAAUUAAUUAGCUGCUGGCUCGUGAUAUAUUUUGUUUACGUGGCGGUUUGUGACGGCAUAUAAAAUUGCAUUUUCAGUCUGAUAGGCGUGGCUUGACGUGCCAACCUGACAGCAACUGCCAAUUUGAACAUACGCAGCACGGUUCUACAUCGAUACAUCUGCACAUCACGGUCGUACACGCCCAUUCACAACGGAAGAAACCGAGGAUGAGUGUCACGUUUAGUCUCUGCAUGUGUGGGCUGGUGCCGGUGGCUCGUGCCCCUCUAAUCCUGACCAUCAGUAAUUUCAAACAGAUCCGCCAUCAAUCAAUCGACCGGAAUAAACAAAAUCCCUGAAAUACAGCAGCCCAUGGAUUACACACAAAAGAUCAAGGCAAUUUGCCCGCGACAGAUACUCUCGAGCCGCGGCUACCCAACAGUCGAGGUGGACAUCGUGUCGGACCAGGACGAAGUGUUCCGUUCGAGCGCACCGAGCGGCGACUCAACAGGUGCCAAGGAAGUGGCAGUUCUCACCGACAAAAAGGACAGCUACGGCGGGCGCUCAGUCACAGGUGUGAUCAAGAAGUUCGAGGAAGAGAUUGUGCCGCUGAUCUUCAAGUCACGGAUAAGCACGCAGAUGGAGUUCGACUCGGUACUGUAUAUCGCAGACAAGACACCGACCCUUUCAACCUAUGGCGCCAACACGCUGCUGCCGCUCAGCCUGUCGUUCUGCAAGCUGCAGGCAAGGACCGACGGUCUCAGGGUGCAUGAUCACAUCGCCAAGAUUUCAAAGAACGAGCCACACAUGCCCGUACCAAACUUCAACAUCCUCAACGGCGGCAGCCACUCAGGAAACGAAUUGCUAUUCCAGGAAAUUAUGAUCAGCUUUCAGAAGAACACGUUUGAGAAGAAUUUGGAGAGCGCAGCGGUUUUCUAUGCUGCGCUCAAGAACACGAUCAGAGAUAAGUUCGGUGGGAUAUACACAGGUUUCGGAGACGAGGGCGGUUUUAUGCCACCUAUACGGACACUGGAGGAUGGCCUCGAUCUGAUCAGAGAGGUGCUGCACAAGACAAAACAGGAGGGUCUCAGGAUAGCCAUAGACGCAGCGGCAAACUCGUUUUUUGCGGGUGGCAAGUACACGGUGCGCACAAAGGAUAGGGAUGUGGAGCUCAGCGGCGACGAACUGAUCGACUACUACCGAACACUCCUGAAGACGUAUCCCGAGAUCUACCUCAUGGAAGAUCCCUUUGCCGAGACAGAUGUGGAAGCAUGGAAGAAAUUCACUGCGGAGUUCGGCAGCAGCCUGAUCAUCCUUGGCGACGAUCUUCUGGUGACCAACUCCAAAAUGAUCAAGCAGGCAGCCGAAAAGAAGCUGUGCAAUGCGGUGCUAAUCAAGCCGAACCAGAUAGGCACGCUCGGCGGAACACUCGAAGCAGUGCAGGCUGCAAGGGAGAACAAUUUCAAGGUGAUGGUGAGCCACAGGAGCGGUGAGACCGAAGAUCCGUUCAUCGCAGCCCUCAGUGUUGGCGUGGCAGCUGAGUUCUUCAAGAGCGGAGCACCGCGUGGCGAGAGGAUGGUGAAGUACAAUCAGCUGCUGAGAAUUGAGGAGGAGCUGGAGCGCGAUAAAAGUAAAUAAAGCUAUUAAUCAGGAACGAUCCGCACCUUGCCACACCGCAACCGGCACGGCAAGCCUGCG